AUGGCGGGCAGUGCGAAAGAGAAAGGUACACCAACCCGCGCCACUUCAACGACGCCAGCUUCACCUGCCAUUUCCCCUGGUCGAAGGGAGAAAGAGACCCUAAAGACGCCUGAUCAGAAUGACCGUCACGCUCCUCAAAGUUCACUGAGAAAGACUGUAGAAGGUGGAAAGGAAACGCGUGCACCAAAAAACGUGUUAUCUCCGUCCCCAAGUUCGCGUCUUGCUAGAUCAAAAACUGCGAGUCCAUUGGCGAAGUCUAGCAAGGAAAAGCCGAAACGAACACGACUGUCUUCAAUCGUUUCAUAUUCGUCCUCAGACGACCAGGAGACAGAAGAGGAAACUGAGGAACAGCAGAGAGAGGCACGAAUGAAUUUUGAAUUGAGCAAAUUCGAGAAGGCCGCCGCACAUUUUGCUUCAGUAGCUGGGUCGAAAUCAGGAACGACGCCUCCAAAACCUAGGGAUAAAGAAAUCAGCUCAGCACUGACAACUUCAGUUUCAAAACCAUUGAGUAAUACAGUUAGUGGUGGAGAAGGGCAAUCUACGAUGAACACGUCAGUCUCUCCUGCACUUCGUAAUAAUUCCAUGGUAGCAAAUACAGACUCAACUCCUACCACUACAAUGGCUGCGUCUUCAACCAAAUGCUCAAUCCAAGCACAUACGCUUAGAGAUUCACCAAUACGACCUGUGGCAAACCCAGGAAGCUCAAAUGCUAGUCUCACAACUGGUCCUGUACAAAUGCAAACCUCUUACCAACCAAGCGGAACCAUGACCAGACAGGGAAGUAGAGCCGAUCAGUCAAUACGACCUACUGCAGCAGAACCUGCGCAAAUUCAGUCAAAUCAGUCUGUAAUUCCCAAUCCAACCAACAACAUGGAUAUGCCUCCUCAAGCAGUUGUCACACGCGUAGGCGGAGAACCGUCAGGUAAGUCACUUUUGACUAAACACUUUCUUAAAACACACUAAUUUCCAUUAUAGGAGGAGCUACAUUACCUGGGUAUUUUACCACAAAUUUGGCUUCCUCCGCAUCAGUCACCCCCAUACACAACCCCCCAAAUGGCUCUUCCAUGAAUGAAGUCGCAUCAAACACUCCAGCAUUUGCACUACCACCUGGUAUAGUUAUGGGAACAUUCGAAGCUGCAAAGUGGUUUAUUGAAGAAAAGAGACAUUUGUCAACUUUGCAUGCUUCUGCAAUCGCUUUUGGGGUACGACCAGCCCCGCGUACUCUUCACUCAGCUCCGUCUACGCCUAACCGCAACCCCAAGCAAGCUAAUGGCGUUAAGGAAUUUGCGGAGAGAUGGAGUGGAUGGGAUCCACAAAGACAAAUGGAUAUCUUGAAAUUACUCUUCCAAAACACGAAGUCAGAUGUCAAGGAACAGGUCAUUACAUUAGCAAAGGAAUUCAUGAAACCCUCAAAUACAGGUGAAGACAACAUGCCAAAAGAUACACACGGAAUUCAGCGCCAAGACAAUGGUACUCAAACGUCCAACGUUCCCAUUACUGUACAUUCCAUCAAAUCUUUGGUGCCCAAUGCCCCUGCGAAUUCCAAGUCGUUAGAUCUGGAAGCUAUGAUGAAAGCUGACGAAGCGUUGAUCGAUGCCGUGGUAGAAGCAGAAGCGCGGAAGAUGAAAGAGAACCCGCUUAAAAGAAGUCGGUACAACUUCGAGCUGGAUGAAGAGGAAGAUGUCUGGGAGGUUGAUGAAGUUAUUGAGAAGAGAGUUCGUCAUGAGUAUCUUGUCUCUUUCAAGAACCGAGGCUUGGAGGCACAACAGUGGGUUACGGCAAACUCUUGGCAGAACCCAAGGGAAGCUAGGAGAAGGCUCGAAGAGAAGGCAAAGGAGGCAUUUGGUGAGCCUGUUGUUGCAGGUUUGCCUUCUGUAAAGGAUAUUCCAGAAAAACCACUUCGUGCGACAACUCCAGAUAAUCCUCGCCCUACCGAUGAUUCGGAAAUAGCCUCCGUUCUCUCCGGCCCUUCAUCUCUAGCAAGUCCCCCCGCCAAGCGCCGACCUGGACGUCCACAAAAGGAUAGCACACAAAAUACGAAAAAUGAGAACUCUACUACAGUCACCGGCAAACGUCCUCGAGGACGCCCCCCAAAGAACCAAGUGUCUUCUUCCACUUCAACCCCUGUCAACCAAAAACAACCAGAGCAACCUCUGGCGAAAUCAGCAACAAAGGAUAUUUGGGAGAUUAGUAAUGACAGUUCCUGA